UGUUCUUUUCAGACCUGUCCCUUGCAAUGCGGUUUUCCUGCUGCGCGCAGCCACGCGGGGAGCAGAGGCAGUGUCCCACAGUUGGGGAGGGAUUGCAGCGAAGGCGAGCGUGGCAGGUUGAGCGCUCCGGGUAGCAGCUAAGCCCCCAGCCAGUCCUUGCUCCCUCCCUCCCUCCCUCCGCAGUGGGGUGGGGGAGAAAAUGGGAAGGGCAAAAGCAACGAAAGAACGCCUACAAGUUUCCGGGCUGAGAUAAAGACAGUUUAAUAAGCGCAGAAGGAACGGAGCGAUGGGCAAGCAGUCAGCAGCCUGGCGGGUCCGUGAGCAGUGACUCCUCUGGGAGACUCUCCCUGGUCCUCGAUGCUGUGCAAGCACUGCCCAGCGCUAGCUGAAACGUCCGUGUGUUCCCAGCCGUCCUUUGGUCGCUAGUCUGAAGCACAGGACCAUGUGGGCCGUGAGCUGCACCUUCAGAUGCGCCGGAGAAGAUCAUUCCAUGCCUAGGAAAAGACUGCAAGUGGUGAAAGAGGGAAUUGCCUUGGAAGUGGUGGCUGAGAUGGACAGGAAGCAGAGUUGAAGGUGGUAGGAGAUGCUGCUUCAGUCCCAAAAUGCUCAUGGCUGCGGACAGAGAGUGACGCUGAGGAGAGAAAUGUUCCCUCAGCCAAGCCUGGGAGAAAGAGCCACAUCCCGGCCAUUGCGCUGCCACCUCCCAAAAGCGCGGCGCUCCAGCGAGGAGGCACGUGUGGUCUGCAGCGGCCAGUUGGUGCAGGUGCCUGUGCUGGUGAGGGAAAUGUACAGCUGGCUGCAGCGGAACGUGGAUGCGCCUGCCAAGAACGGGCUGGACGAGAGGCUUCUGGAGCUGGUGCGCUGGAAGCAGCAUGAUGUGGUGGUGACCCUCCUGCGCUGUGCCCCGUCGUGUGACAGGGCUGCUGUGACCAUGUGGAGGGCGCUGGUGUCUGAGCGCAGCUGUGCCGAGCGAGUGCUGUGGGAGCUGCUGGGUGUGCUGGAGGAUUGGCCGCUGCACAGCACAUCCACCUCCGACGGGGACGAGACGGAGGUCGUCGUUCUGGCUGCAACCAGGGCACUGAGGGAGAUCCUCUGUGAGCGCCAGGUCCCAAAGGUGUUGAAUCAGCAUUUUCCGCCCCUCUUCCUGGCUCUGCUCUUUCAAGUGUACUGCACCAUAAAGGAGGAGGCAGAGGAGGUCGAUGCGUGCUGGAGGAAAUACGUCGAGCAAGUCAGCCUUCCCACCAGCCCUAGCAGAUUCAUGGUGCAGACGGUGAAAGCGCUGCUCUGCUGUUUGGGCUAUGAGGAUGUGGUGUUUAGAGUGGAGCACAAGCAUGGCUGGGACACUCUGCUGCACGCCAAGAGCCACCCCUACGCGAUGGGUCUGCUGGCCAGGUGAGAGCCCCCUUCUCCAAGCUGCCGCUGCCAUUUCUCCCCUGCAGACAGGGCACGCCACGCAAUCCCUUUGGUGUUGGAUGAGAGGGAU